UUGAGGAAUCCAUCACCUGCCACACUUCAUGGAGUCCGACAACAAAGGUUUCCAGCCCUGGCGAGACUACAUGGGACUUUCUGAUAUAAUCAGAGGGAUCGUGGGUCAGAAUACCGCCUCUGAGUCCUCCCUCCCCGUUUCCAACGCUCACCAUACGGAAUUUGACGGUCUUAGCCAUGCUAUGGUUUCUGUGCGCUUUAACGCAGUUCGCCAAAGCGGCCGUAGAGCUAUUAGUGCGCCAGAUCCCUGCUCCCGCGAGUGUGCACCAACGUGUUCCUUUGGUGCGGAUGCGCCAAUAGUCGAUUUGAAAUUAAUACCAAUACCGACGGGCUCCGGGAGGCCAAAAGAUCGCAAGAAGACGAGUCGUUUCAAAACACCUGAGGUGCCGGCCUUGCCUCCCGAGCGAAUGUUCUGCAGCUUCUGCAAGCACAACGGGGAGUCCGAGCUGGUCUACGGAUCCCACCGGCUUAAGAACCAAGCAGGAGAUAUUACGUGUCCCUAUCUGCGGCAGUACGUGUGUCCUCUGUGUGGAGCCACGGGGGCAAAAGCUCACACCAAGCGCUUCUGCCCCAAAGUGGACAGCGCAUACAGCUCCGUGUACGCCAAGUCCAAACGCUGAACCAACAGGUAGAGGAAUGGAAGCAAGGAAGCAAUAAGCCACUACACAGAAGGCAGGAUCCUGUUUUCGUUUAGUGUGACUUUAGUUUUCCAUUUGUGUAUUUGUUUUUGCACCAGUGUGGUUUUGCUUUUGUGUGUUUUCAUUUGCAUGCUUUGGUUCAUUUGCUGUGUAGCUGAUUAGAGUUUCUUUGCAGCUGGUCUUGCCAGCCCAAAAUACCUCAGCUGUUUGGUGUUUGGAUUUGUAAGGUAUCUUCAAGAACGACUACCAAAUUUUAUGUUUGUGAGGUUUCAAAAAUAUAGAGAGAGAAAUUAUAAAAAAAUAAUGUAUGUUUGUUUUGCAUACUUUUAAAACAUGGCUCACUGAUGUCCAGUUUCAUAUUUCCUGUUCAUGCAAGGAUUAUAACACUAUCAAACCUUUAUAAGAUGCAGUCAUCAGUAAUAACUUUACUACAGCAGGUAAACCAUCGUGUGACCAUGUCAGCAUUUUAAAUUUUUUUAAAAUAUGAGUGACUUGUUAUUGUUCUGACGUGUG